GAGGAAGUGUGUAUUCGCCCAACACUUGCUGAGCCAUGGAGACCAACAAAGUUCUUCAUUUCGUGCCCUCGGAGGCGCCUCCCUCUGGGAUGUCCAAGAAUGGAUACUUCUUUCAAGAAAUGGAGCAGCGGGAGGCGGAGCCCGAGGAGGGCAGCGAGGGCCGAGAGGAGGCGCAGGACUCGCCGAUCGCCUGCGGAGAUGACAUCCACCUCUAUGACAACCAGAUCAGCCCCGGACCAGAUACCGACGACUCUGGUUGUGUGUUGCUGAACACUUCGAGGAAGUAUGUGACGCUGAUGAACUUCGAGGAGGAGAUCCGGGCGCACCGGGACCUGGACGGCUUCUUGGCGAGGGCCAGCAUCCUGCUGGACGAGACGGCCGCCUCCCUGGACGACGUUCUGAAGCGGAUGUUGCACCACGUGGGUCAGGACAGCCACACGUCCGAGCCCAGCUGCAACUUCGAGGAGGUGAUGAGCCUGCUUUUCACCGAUGCAGGCGCCCAGGAGGUCAACGACAAGUCUCAAAGUUUCGUUUUCUUUGAUGACGUUCACCUGCUGUCCGAGACCAUCCAGGGGGUGACGGCCACGGCCACCGGGGUCCAGUACCAGCAGUCCUGGCUCUGCAUCCUAUGCAACGUGAAGCAUCUCCAGAGGCGUCACGUGUGCAUCUCCCGCCUCGACAGGCCUCAGAACUGGGGAGAGAACUGCUGCGAGGUCCGAUAUGUCAUCUUGAUACUGUCCCCACUCAAAAUGAAAAGCACCAAGACGGCGAUGGAGCUGGGCCGGACGUUUGCCACCCUCUUCUCCGACAUCUCCUUCAGGCAGAAGCUGCUGGAGACCAAGACGCAGGAGGAGUUCAAGGAGGCGCUGGUGUUCCAGAGGCACCAGCUGACGGCGGUCAACCAGCCGUCCACCGCCCUGGGGAAGGAGGAGACGGACCCCCACAGUCACAAACCCCUCAAGUGUCAGGAUUUCUUCAAACCCGGCCGGGGGAUUUACGAAGACCUGUGCCGCAGACUUCCUUUCUACCCCUCCGACUUCACCGAUGGUAUAGUUGGCAGUAACAAGACCCUGCUGAAGUACAUGACCACGGCCAUCUUCCUCUACAUCGCCAUCCUCCUGCCCGCCAUCGCGUUCGGCUCGCUGAACGACGAGAGCACGCGUGGCGAGAUCGAUGUUCGGAAGACCAUCAUCGGCCAGAGCAUCGGGGGGGUGAUCUACUCGCUGUUCGCCGGCUCUCCCCUCGUCAUCCCUCUGACCACGGCUCCGCUCGCCAUCUUCAUCAGCGUGAUCCGAGGAAUCUGCGACGACUACAACCUGGACUUCCCUGCGUUCUACGCCUGCAUCGGUCUGUGGAACUGCCUCUUCCUCAUCCUCGGAGGGAUAUUUAACGUCAGCCUGCUCAUGAAGCUCUUCAAAAGGUCGACGGAGGAAGUCAUCGCUCUGUUCAUUUCCACUGCGUUUGUGGUGGAUGCAGUGAAAGGCACGGUGAAGAUCUUUCACAGAUAUUACCACGCGCCCACGCUGGCCAACAGAAGCACGGAGGCCAACAGGAGCAUCAUCGAGAUCUUCCCGCUGGCCGGAGCCCUGUUGGGAGGAAACCGGAGCGAGGUGGUGGCGGCGGCGGCGGGGGGGCUGUCGCUCAACACCCUCCCGGAAACCGUGAUCCACUGCAGCCGGGAGAGACCCCUCCUCUGCCUGCUGCUGAUGCUCGGGACCCUGUGGAUGGGCUACACCCUCUACCAGUUCAAACGCAGCCCCUUCCUGCAUGCCAAGAUGAGGGAGGUGCUGUCGGACUGCGCCCUGCCGAUCUCCGUGCUCAUGUUCUCCUUCAUCGGCUCCUACGUGUUCAGUGACAUUGAGCUUCCCGUGUUUAAAGUUUACGACCGGCCCGUUUUCAAGGUGGCUCCGUUUGAGCGUCUGUCGCCCAUGAACGUUGUGAGCGCCAUGGGCCUCGGCUUCCUGCUCGCCCUCCUCAUCUUCAUCGACCAGAACAUCGUCGUCUCGCUGACCAACGCACCGGAGAACAGGUUGCUGAAGGGCACGGCGUAUCACUGGGACCUGAUGCUCUCCGGGCUCAUUAACAUACUGAUGUCGGUGCUGGGGUUGCCCUGGAUGCACGCCGCCUUCCCCCACUCCACCCUGCAUGUGCGCCAGCUGGCGUUCGUGGAGCAGCGCGUGGAGGGGGGGCACCUCUACGAGACUAUUGUGCAGGUGAAGGAGACCCGGCUGACGUCUCUGGCUGCCAACAUCUUCAUCGGCGUGUCGGUGCUGAUGCUGCCCAUCCCGCUGCAGUGGAUCCCCAAACCCGUCCUGUACGGCCUCUUCCUGUACAUCGCCCUCACCUCCAUCGACGGGAACCAGAUGUGUGACCGCAUGGCGCUUCUCCUCAAGGAGCAGACGUCUUACCCGCCCACCCACUACAUCCGCAAAGUGCCCCAGAGGAAGAUCCACUUCUUCACCUUCCUGCAGAUGAUGCAGCUGCUGGUGCUGUGCUCGUUCGGCAUGUACCCGAUGCCCUACAUGAAGAUGAUCUUCCCCCUGCUCAUGAUCAUGCUAAUCCCAAUCAGGAACAACGUGCUUCCUCGUAUCAUUGAGGCCAAGUACUUGGACAUAAUGGACGCCCAGCACAUGUAGCGGCCGACGGGAAACACGCUCCGACACCGACCACCGACAUGGGGGGAAA